GAACACUCCAGCUAUCAUGACCGUCUGAAUACUCCAGCCUGUUUUCAUGCAAGUAUCGUGAAUCCUUCUCAUGUGUCACACCCCCAGCCUAUCGCCUAAAUGUAUCAUAUAUCUCAAAUCCUCCCCAUGUGAACAUCACCAUCCUUUCGAGUAUCAUUGUAUCGUGAAUUAUUCUCGUGUGAACACCCCAGCCCCUGUCGCUCAACAGGAAGGGAAGUCCCCCUUAUCCGAUCGUGCUCAUGACUAGUCGCGGUUGUCAGUCACAACAAUAAAACCGACUCCAAACCGACUGAUAUUGAGUCAUUCGGAUUAAAGAAACAGAUGUGAUCGGUCACUAAUCGAUUUUAUUGGUGUGACUGACAUGUAAGACACCACGCAGACCUAAAUAGCAUAAUUGCGAAUCUCGGGGCACAAAAAGUUGAAACUUUCGUGCACUGAGGGGAAUGCGUUGAACACUGCCGUGCAGGAAUAGCGAGUUUGAGAUCUAUUUUGGAGUAUCCCUAUCUUGUAAAAUGGGUGGAUUCGCUGAUACACGCAGAGGAUGGUUUAUUGCUAUAGCAUUGUGUUUGACCUCUCUCUUCAUGUUCGCUCUCCUGUCACACACCGGGGAACGGUAUGGCGUACCAAGAUACGUUACCCAUCUUACAAAUAAGAUUAUGAUCCUGACAGACAAGUUGUCGUUGCCAAACGUAACCGCUCGAAAGGAGACGAGGGAAAAUCACAUUGCUAUUACCCAACAUCAAUCAUUAAGACUCAGGCAGCAACCAACAGGAAUCCCUCUACAACUACGGCAACCAAGCUCAAACAAAAGUCAUCCUUCUACUCCCAUAGACAAUGUAAACAUGACCAGCGGCCAUUUCUCCCGGUUCUUUAUCCAAGAUCCUAAACCGGUUUAUGCUAUUGGAGACCGGAUCAAAAUCAUGAUCGAGACCAGGACGGAUCGCAACGCACCGAAAACCGCGGGCGGCGAUUUUAUCCGGGCUAAGAUGUUCAGCUCGGAUGAUCGAGCGAGCCAGAGCACGGACGGGGAGGUGACCGACCUCGGCAAUGGCUGGUAUGAGGCGUGGUUCACGGCUCGCUGGCCCGGCGUGACUACCAUCCAAGUGGUCUUAGUCCACACGGCGGAAGCAUUGUCGGUUCUCCGAGAUAUUGUCCAAAAUCCGGCUAAAAUGGUUUACAUCGGCAGGUUCGUCAGUGGGAACUCCGACGUUUCUGUUACAACAAAAUGCAACAUGUAUCCCCCUCUAUAUGGACAAUUCUGCAACAUGUCCGAACCUGAUGGGAGAAUGCCAUGGUUUUGCCAAGCUCCCAGCAAAGCAGGGGUUUCAUGCGAUGACUGGAGGUGGUCUCAGAGCGAUGAACCCGCUACAUCCAAACUUCUUGAUAACCUGAUCGGCCAUCCAUCAAGACGAACUGCUUUACAAAGAUACAGAGAACAAAUACAGAACGGAGGGAUUCCCCUAAAUAUCAAGGUCGAGUGGGAUGCAACGUUAGCUGGCACUUACAAUGCAAAUCCUUUCGAAUAUCCGUGGCAAAAUCUGGAUCUACCACCCUGUCAACCCGGUCAGCAUAUCGGUAAACCGCACCCAUCCGGAUACUUCUACAACGACACUUGGUAUUCGCUUCAAUGUCGGAUCCGGAGACACUGGCUGCCCGGUAACAUGUCAUCCUGCCUUGCGAACACCGAUCUUCAGAUAAUCGGAGACUCUGCAGCAAGGCAGAUCUACACUUUGUUAAAAGAAAUGUUGCAGGAGCAAAUCACGAUCGAGCGAUCCGGAUUCUUGCACGAGUCGGAGCACCGGAGCGGACCGCUUUGGUUCAUCGACUACAAUAACGGAAUCGAAGUCCGAUACAACUUUCACGGAUUUCCAAUAGGCGGAUCAAACUGGUUUAACAUUUCAAACAUAAUGGAUGCUACGACGCGGAUCGAUAUGAUUCAAAAUUCGACGCGACGUUUAAUUCUGGUCAUGACAAUUGCAGCGCAUUUCACCUACCACAAUUUAGACUUCUAUGAAGCACGCAUGCGUUCUGUGAAGGGAGCCAUAGAUAGGCUUUUUGAGCGCGUUCCAAACACAAUGGUUAUCAUGAAAUCUCUGACGGCGAGAGAAUUCGCUACUCUUCGCCACAUCGCAGCGAAUAGUGAAUGGUGGAUGUGGUCUGUGGAUCGGACAAUGCGAAAGAUAUUCGGAAACGACCCAAGGAUAGCUCUCAUAGAUGCCUGGGACAUGACGAAAGCAAUGCUCUUUUCGUACAACAUCCAUCCACAUCGGACUAUUAUCGCGAACUACAUCAGUCAAAUCUUAACAUUCGUAUGUCCAACGAGCAGUUAAGUUUCAACAAAAGUUAUUUGAUACCAUGGUAAUUCGCGGGUCAGAAAAAUCAACAGUAUUUCAUUUCUGUAGUUGAUCAUUAUUUCACGCAAGAAAAAGACGCUAUACCAAUUACUCAUUGGAUCGGAUUGAAUACAAUAAGAUACAACGGGGGAAAAGCCUCCAGGUCUUUGGAAAGACGUCAACAUGCAAGACCUUCGGCCUUAUGAACCUUCCCCGAACAAGCAUCUAGACUUGGCUUGGAUGGGGGUGUAUGUGCAGUGAUACUUAGGAUGUGGUCAAACCGGCACAUUCGACUCGAGACCAACAAGAGUCAUUAAUACGUUACCAAUAGCAGAACAGUAGGAUUUUUUCGCGACCGCCGCGUCGAACGCUUUAAAAAACUUAUUAUCACAUGCCCUUCGUGACAAAGAGCAACCAAGAAGUUUUUGUCGAAAAUAGGUGAAUUAAAACAGACUCGUCCUGGACUCUAUACAAACGACUUUUUACUAUUUUUCGUCAGCUCCGAAAUUUAGGACAGAGGUGCCAUUCCGUACUACAAAUUGUGACAAAGACCUCCCAGCUGUUCAUUGUCAGAUGACGGGUAUUUUCAAUAAAAUUACUGUGUUCUUGAUUUCGUUUUGCUUCGAGGUUGUGAAAAGUCACUUCUAUUUUCCGGUUGGGAGUAAGUUUCUUUGGAGUGACUAUAUACAUGUGGUAUUACACAUUUUCGAGUUGGCAGGACCAACGUUUAAUUAUGUAUCCCGUGUCUUUAUGUUUGUACGUUAUAUAUAAAGGUUUUCCCUAUUGUGUUGAUGGAUUGAUUGGUUGAUUUUAUUUGGCAAGUCACCAUAACAUAUAUACAAGUCAGUAGCAAUACAAACAACAGGGUUGCAAAGGAUGACCCACGAAAGCUUGAUUUUUUUCCCCGAUGGGGUCCUCGACAUGUAAAGCGUUACGAUUUAAUAAGACGGUAAUAUUAUACCAUUUACAUAAUGAGAACGAAGAAAAAAAUCAGAAUUUGCUAUCAGCAAUAAAUAAUAUAUACAGAUGAUAUAUACGAGAAGAAUAUAAAGAA